AGUCUGGUUCAAGCUCAACUUUCAAGUCAAAAGUGACAAGACAUCUCAAACACCUUUCAACGAAACAGUAUUCGAGGGUCUGAGCCCUCUGUCCAGCUCUUGAAAAGACUUUUGCGAUUCUCAUAAUGGCCCGUACAUCUGCUGCCAAAAAGCGCGCUGCCGAUUCUGAUAGUGAGCCCGAGACUGUUUCCAAAAGAGUCAAGAGUGGAACAUCAGUUGAGUCGGAUGGUAAAGAUGAUGAUGGAAAUCCAUACUGGGAGCUCUCAAACAAGCGCCGUGUUGGUGUAUCAGACUUCAGCAAGAAAACCUUUGUCAAUAUUCGAGAGUACUAUGAUAAGGAUGGCAAGACUUUACCUGGCAAGAAGGGUAUUUCGCUUUCCAUCGAGCAGUACAAUGCUUUUCUUAAGGCUGUUCCACACAUCAAUGCUGCUCUUCGCGCCAAGGGUCUCGUAGUUGAGGGUGACAUUGCAGACAAGCCUGAUACUGCUCUGAUUCCAGCUGCCAAAGUUAAGAAAGAGCGAAAGAAGUCACCGAAGGCGAACAUUGAGACCACCAGCGAGGAAGAGGACUAGAGCGGCUAUCUGACUUUUUCUUGUCGAAUUUUCUUUCCAACAUCUUUUCGCCCACGAGCUCGGCUUGUGUUAGCACUAUGUAUACCACGCAUGGAGUUUUUUGGAGUCACGGCCAUCACGCGCUUGGGGCCCAAGCUGUGAUUUGUGCAUGGGAUCACCUCCUGGCUCUAUGUCAGAAUGAUAGAUUUCAGCAAAGUAACGAGAGUGAUAGUAAUAUGAUCAAGAUUAAUGGCGCUGACACGAAAUCCAGAAUGGACCUAAUGUGUAAUCAUAUCGGACCUAUUAUGAAGAAC